AGAUUUGAAAAAACGAAGCCCUAAAUCCCCAAAAUAUGCAGAAAAUCUCUGUAAAUUUCUCACAAAAAUGGCUACAAAUUUUAUCAGAGAUUCUCAUUUCAUCAGCGAGUGCAGUAGUUUUCUUAUUUCUCGAUUUGCUCGAUGCUAUUUUCUGCGUUUUCUUCAAAUUGAUUGAUGAAUUCAUCGAAGGUAAAAGUUCGGGUUGUUACUGUUCCAUAGAAAAUGAAGAAGAAGAAGAAGAAGAAGAAAAAAGUGAUAGUGAUAAUGAAUUGUCGAAUACUCUUUAUAAACGGAGAAAUUUAUUCCGGGGAAUUGGAUUUCGCCGGAAUGUUACUAGUCGGAGAAAAUUGAAUGAAAAUGUGAGAUGGUCUGAUUGUUCUUGUGAGAAUUGUGUUUCAUGGAUGAGUAAUAUUGCAGGGGAAUUGAAGCUUCAUGUUGUUGUCAAAGAAAUUCACCAAGUUAACUUAGAGGAUUUCAAAGGCAAGAGAGCAGAAAAUAUAGUAUUUUUACAUGGUUUUCUCUCAUCAUCCACAUUCUGGACAGAGACAAUUUUUCCCUAUCUAUCUGAAGAUACAAUGCAGAAAUACAGAUUGUUAGCAGUUGACCUAUUGGGAUUUGGAAAAAGUCCAAAACCAAACAAUUGCUUAUACACAGUUAAAGAUCAUGUUGAAAUGAUUGAGAGUUCAGUGAUUCAACCAUUUGAGUUGAAUUCAUUUCAUAUCGUUGCACAUUCAAUGGGAUGUGUAGUGGCAUUAGCUUUAGCUGCAAAACAUUCUCAUUCUGUCAGAUCAAUCACCUUGAUAGCACCACCUUAUGUCACUUCAACAAAGGAGGAUGUUAGUUUAACAGCACUUAACAGACUUGCAGCAAGAAGAUUGUGGCCACCUUUGUUAUUUGGUUCAUCAUUUAUGUCUUGGUAUGAACACUUGGGUAGAUGUGUAUGUUACAUCAUCUGCAAAAACCACAGAGUUUGGGAAGGAAUCCUCAAGUUACUCACUUGGAAUAGGAACCUACAUUUUAUGGCAAUUGACUUGACUAGGCACACUCAUCAUUCAGCUUGGCACACAAUGCAUAAUGUAUUAUGUGGUGGAGCAAAGUUUAUGGAUAAAUACUUGGAAACUUUGAAUAUAGCCAAGGUGAAAAUCAAUGUUAUUCAAGGUAGUAGGGAUCAAGUAGUGCCAAUGGAAAGUGGCAACAAUAUAAAGAUGAAAGUGCCAAAUGCAGAGGUGAAAAUUGUUGAUAAUGCAGAUCAUACUUCUAUAGUUAUAGGUAGAGAAAGAGAGUUGUGUAAUGAUUUAGAGAAGUUAUGGGGGUCAAUAUGUUGAGAGAUAGGAACUCAACUUCUUGAUUUUGAUUUGUAAUGAAGAUACAAUUUGUUCUUUUGUAAUGGCAUU